UUUCUCACCGGUGGACAACCUCCCAAGUUUGAGCUUUGAAAACAUGAAGGCGUUCAUCGUGUUUUCCGUGGUCCUGGCCGUCGCCUUCGGCGCGGCAGUCGACACUUCCAACAAGGAAAAGCGUGGCCUGUGGGAGGUCAACGAUCAUCACGGUCUGGACGGGGGUUUCGAACACCAUGGAGACGUGAACCACCACAAGGAGGUCAUCACCAAGAAUGUGCACGUGCCGUACCCGGUGGAGGUCGAGAAGCACGUCCCAUAUCCGGUGAAGGUCCCAUACCCUGUUGAGGUCGUCAAGAAGGUCCCCGUGGUGGUGGAGAAGAAGGUCCCGGUCUACGUCGAGAAGAAGGUGCCCGUCCACGUUGAUCGUCCAGUUCCGUACCCAGUUGAGGUCAAGGUCCCGGUUGUCCACAAGGAGUACGUCGAAGUGCCCAAGCCGUACGCAGUUCAUGUCGAGAAGCCCGUCCCGGUGUACGUGAAGAAGCCGGUCUACAUCGAGAAGCACGUCCCGGUCACCGUGCAGAUUAAGGAAGUGCACAAGAAGAAGCACUGGGGAUUGUUUUAGAAACUAAAUGUAUGUUAAGAUUAUUUUAUAGAUUAUGCACCGAAGAAAU